ACCGAGACCGCUCUCGUGCACUGCUUCCUGUCAUUAAUCUCAACUUUUCGUAAUGAUAGUCCGCAAUGUUUGUCAGAGAAUCAAACCUUCAUUGAACACAAAACGUUUUCUAAAUUUUCUUCGUUUUCGUGCAGUUAGUGAUAUUAAUAGGGAGCCAGAGUCAACAGAAAGCUCAGCAGCAGCAGAGGGUAAAGCUGAUGCAACAGCAACUGCAGAAGAGACGCCACGUGAAUGUGAAGACGAAGAAAAGAUCCUCAAACUAGAAGAACUGGUCCAACAGUUGGACGAAAAAUACAAACGAUGUCUAGCGGAGACAGAGAAUGUGAGAAAGAUGUACAGAAAACAGGUCGAAGAUGCCAAGUUGUUUGGCAUUCAGAGCUUUGCCAAAGACUUACUGGACGUUGCCGACACGUUGGAACUGGCGACAGAAAGCAUGAAAACCGACCCUUUGGUACAAGGCAAUGAAAGUGUCAAGCAGUUGUAUGAUGGCGUCCAGAUGACAACAGGAUUGCUACUGCAAGUGUUUGCCAGAAAUGGUUUAGUGAAGACAAACCCACUUGGAGAAAAAUUUGAUCCGAACUUUCACGAGGCGAUGCUCUAUCAAGAAGCAGAGGACAAAAUGCCAGGAUCCAUAUCAAUGGUUUUGAAAACAGGAUAUCUACUGCAUGGGAGAACAGUGAGAGCUGCACAAGUUGGUGUAGUCAAAGACAAAAGCUAGUAUUUCAUGUAGCUUAGAAUUACAACCAAGAUGCAUGGGUUGAUUGAUUAGGAGGAUGCUAAGCCAGUUCACUUGUAGACCGCGAACAGUUACCUGGUACAGUACAGUACAGUAAGAAUCUACAGUGUUGGUUUAACUUAAAAUGACACAAGGCAAACAA